AUGGCACCUCGAAGUGACGCCUCUGUUUUGACAACCUUCUCAUCGAACGGCUGGUCCAGCGCUGGCGUCGCAUGCCUGGUCGGAAUCAGUGCUCCGAUCGGCGACCUCAUUGGUGCUGAUUCGAGCGUACAUCUCUCAGAGGAGUUGAAGAAUGCUGCAUGGAUCUUGCCGCGCUCCAUGAUCGCCACUGCACUGGCAAAUUAUGUCCUUGGCUUCGUCACCAUCAUCACGCUUGUUUUCUGUCUUGGCGAUCUCGACACAGCUACGACCUCUUCUAUAGGGCAGCCGUAUGUCGAAGUAAUACUCAAUGCCACUGGAUCGACAGCAGCAACAAUCACCCUGACGAUAGUGAUGUUCAUACUCCUGGUCUCUUGUGCGGUCAACACAGUAACAACGAGCUCCAGACAGCUGUGGUCGUUUGCGCGAGAUGGUGGACCUCCUUUCAGUAAUUGGCUCAGCAAAGUACGGCCAGGAUGGGAUGUCCCGAUGAAUGCGAUGACAGUAUCCUUCGGCUUCACCGCCAUCUUGGCUUGUAUUGUGAUUGGCAGCGCCACAGCAUACGGCGUCUUCGUCACAUUGGUCAACUCCGGUCUCUUGAGCAGCUACGCCAUCUGCAUUGGCUGCAUAUUGCAGAAACGCCUUCGAGGCGAAACCUUUCCGCCCUCUCGCUUCAGCCUUGGCCAAGCAGGGAAUGUGAUCAACAUUGCAGCCCUGUGCUUCCUGGUGGUAGCAUGGGUGUUUCAAUUCUUUCCGAGCGCACCAGAUCCCACGGCGACUUCCAUGAAUUGGUCCGUCAUGAUCUUUGGGGCGGUCAUUGUUUUCUUCACGAUAUAUUACAUCACGAAUGCUCGGCACAGAUAUACUGGGCCGGUGGUCCAUGUCAGGAAGGAUCUGUAA